UAUCAAAUUGACGUGAUGGGUGUUGUGUAUUAAGAAAAUCUAUGCUGUAACAGUAUGUUAAUACAUCAGGCGCAUGAAGAGGAAAGUGGGAAGGCGGGAAAAGCGGAUAUUCAAACCUUAGAGGAUAAUUCGAAUGAGUUUGAGACUGCAGACGAGAUAUAUCAGAUUAUGGCUAAAACUAACGUCUUUGAAGGAGAUGGUGAUAAGGCGCUUACUACUAGCGAUUUAGUUCUCCUGUAUAAAAAUAUAGACAUUGGUACUAAACUUGUACCUAACACUGACCCUGAACCGAAUAGAAGUCCAAAUCAAUAUGUAGAAACUGUUAUAUACAACGAUGAUAGAAGUUCUGAAGGAUCGGAUGUCAUUGAGAAUAUUAGUAAUGAAGACCUUUAUCAUGUUUGUGCUAUUAACAAAGAACGAAUAGACCUUUUAAACAACUUUGGAGACAAACUCUGUCAUAAAUUCGGCAAUAUAGAAAUGCGCACAUCUGAUUUAACAACCGAUUAUGAAAAGCACUUUCUGUUUAAUGAUCCUUUUAUUAAAGAACAACUCAAAAGUUUCCGUGCGAUAUCCAACUCCAAGCAAUCGGACAGUACUAUUCUUCCAGCAUCUUUGUUGGAUUAUAUUUGCUGCAAACGCCUGGAGGAUAAUUAUAAUUUUUACAUGGACAACAUCAUUCAAUAUGUUCAGAAAACUAUCGAGCAGUUAAAACGUAUUAGUAAUGGAGAUUAUUUAACUGAAAAGGCUAAAGCGAAAUGGAGUGAAGUUGUUGCCGGGAAUGAUCAUAUAACUGCAUGCAAAAAUAUUAUUUUGGCCGGUUCGGCUACCAUACCACUGAAUGCCGCUGAUAAACGAAAUGAUAUGAAAAUAACAUGGGAUGAUAUAGUUCAUUCUGAGAUGGAUGUAAGGUCAAUAGCUAAAAUAUUAGAAAAGAAAGUUAUUGUUGAGGUACCAAAAAUUAUUUGCGGCACUUACAGAUUAAUCAGUAAGCACUGUAAAGAAAAUCUCAUUAUAACAUGCAAAAAAGAUCCUAGAGAAGACUCACGCGUAGAUGUUGUCUUUAAAUUACAACACUCUAAGUCAGGAGAUGUCGUUAGCAAUAUUAAUUCUAUUCAGAUUUUAAAACCUUCACCUGCCCUUGAAGCUGAAAAAAAAAACUGUUUAAACGAUCUCCUAGCGCUGGAACUUGAGAAAGUUAACGCCAUAGGUCAUAUAGUUGAACAAAAUAAUAAGAUAAUUGAAUUAGAUGAAAAUAUAGAAGCUCCCCUAAAUGAUGCAACAGAUUUUAGCAUAGCAGAAGACAGAGAAACAGAAGCCGACAAGUUUUCAGAAGAUGACAAUGAUUUUUCUCCGCAGUGCGAUUUACAAAUUUGCGAAGAUAAUGAAUGUGAUUUCAUUCGAGCUGAGGCAGACUUAAGUACGAUAGCUACUGAUGACCUGCACUGUAUAAUUAAGAGAUUAAGCAUGCAAUCGCCUGUUGUAGAAGAAAGGGAAGAAAAUAUGAAAAAGAAAAAGUCACCUUUGAGGGUAAGAAUUAAAUCUCCGUAUGAAAAUAAGACAUCUGUAAUGGAAGAGAAAAAGAGGAAAAAACUUUUAGAGAUUAGACAGAGGCGGGAACUGAAAAAGAAUGAAAUGAGCGUAAACUGUAAAAUAAAGAAGAAUCAACACGAAAAAAGUGUCGUUAUGGCCCAAGCGUCUAAUUCUGUUACAAAGUUGUCGAUAACAAAUAAACACUUUUAUAACUCUAUUUACGGAGAAUCUAUAAAUUUAAAUAAUACAAACUCUCGAAAAUAUCACAAAGAUGCACCUAAGGUAAGUGUUCCGUUCAUAAAAUUAGAAGAUGAAGAAGCAAAUAACUAUAAAAGUUCUUCUCCAACUCCUUUAACAACACCUGAAAAAAAUGGUCAAAAGUAUAUCAACCACAGCUUUUACUUAGAUGACGCAGACACAGAAGUUAUGCACCUGGAAAAUAAAUUAAAAGAAAAUCAAGAAGUUGCAAAGGAUGACUUUGCUACAUCCACUGAAGCUAAUGAUAUAGUCGUAAAUUUAAAUUUGAUAAAGAAAUUAAUGGUUGCAUCAACAACUGACCUAAGUUUGACAGAUACUUCAUCAAGUGUGCCUCUGCAGGUUUUGUGUGAGAAUAGCUUUAUCGAUACCGAAAAAGAUAAUAUAGAAAAUAAUGUUUUAAUGUCGACACAAAGUACUCAAGCUGCAGUUUCUAUAAAAACACAAAAAAAAGAAGUUUUCACCGAAUAUGAAGAAAAUUAUAACCCGACUAUGACUUCUGUAAAAUGUAGAAGAAGCAUUGAUAAAAUAUAUGAACUUAUAAAAAAGAUAAGUGAAACGGGUAGCUUGAAAGGCAUAUGUAGAGAAAGUAGAAUAGCAAAAAAUUAUGACAAAUUGGAUUCCAGUGACAGCGGAUCUAGUAUCAAACAUCAGUUGUUAACUUCUGUUAACUCAAGUUGUCUUAAUUUUAAAAAGACAAACACUGGUUUUAAAUCUUCAAAUGACACAAAGAAAAAAUCCGAAAAGCAGACGUCAAUUAUAACAGUUAGCUCAAAAUCACGAAGUAACAAAUUCAUCAAUAAUACAAAUAGUAAAGAAAAUAAAAAACUAACUUUUUGCAAAAAUCAGGAAACCCCUUUAAAAGCUAUAUCACAAUUGAUUCGUGAAUUCGAUAAUGUCCGUAAGACGAAUAAUAAGAAUGGAAAUGAACUUAAAAUGAAUAAAAAAAAUGAAGCUUCGGCUGAUAGUAAAAGUUACUCUCGACCAAAUUCCCAGAAGCGAAUACCAAAACAAGAUCAGAACUUAAAAGAAUCUGAAGCGAUAUUCUUAAAAAACUCUAUGUUUAAAGACAAAGAUCGUGGAUGUGGGCCUAUCAAAAUUUCAAUAUUGCAACACGAAGAAAAGUCUUCAAAUAAACCGGAUAUAAAAAAAAUUGCUGAUAUUAUAGAUGAAGUGAAAGAACUCAGGGGAGAAGCAGUACGCGGACCACCCAAAAAAUCGACUAGAUUAUAUAGUUUAGCACAGCCUAAAAAAGCAUAUCUUUCAGCCCAACAAGAAGAAUCCCAAAAUAGGUUUGGGAAAAGAGUACCAGAUAGACUGUCUAAGCCAACGAUUCCAAUAGCAAAUCCAGAGGCAAGAAUAACAAGUUUAAGAAGUAAACAGAGAAAAGUCUGUGUCGGACUUCCCGCAACCACGAAGCUAAUACAUACAGUAGGACCAGCAUUAGAAAGAUCAAGAAAUAAAGCUUUGACCAAUAGCAGUCCUAGCCGAGAUGGAAAUAAUAAACACUCUCCGGUAGGAAGACCGUGUUUGAACAAUAACAGUAUUAAUAGGACAACAGAACUACGAAGUAGAAAAAUUGAAGAAACGAAAGCAAACGUAACGAGCCACUACGGAUGGGUGCCACCGUCGCUGGAGCUCGGCAACUCUUACAAUGCGCAUAAAUCGAGAGUCCCCUUAAUACCAAAUGACUUAGAUUUGGUAUCCAUGACGUCGUCUCCGUCUGGUCCUGAAGAAUCUACUGUUCUUGGCAAAAGGAUACACAAUAUAAUUGAUGCCAUGGUUAACAGUAAUAUGCCUACAUUAGAGGCUCUCACUGAAUGCAAAGAGAAUAAACCAGGUGAUCAUCUUGAUGAUGGUUCUAUAGCAGGAUCAAAAUCCGAUGAGGUUCUAUUAUCACUAUCUGACUACCCAGUUGAUAUAUUUGAAGAUAAAAAUAUCGAUACAGCGGUAUCCCAGAUACCUAAGGACAACAACGAAGAUGAAGGGAUCGAUAGAAAUUUAAAUAAAACUCUUCAUGUAACUCGUCUAUCUUAUUCUACCAUUGAGUUAUCAAAAGUAGAUCAAAUAUCAAACGGAACAUUUCUGAAACCUUUGAGCAGCAAUAACUCGAUGUUUAAUAUGACCUCUAAAAAAUCUGAGCAGAAAUUUUUCAUUUUGAACCGAAAAAUAGAUUCUCUUACGGAACUUAAAAUGUUACCUGUGCUUUCGAAUAAUCGUAUAGACUUUGGUUUCACAAAAUUUCCUAUGCAAAUCGCAACUGUAGGUUACGUUUUUCCUCAUAUUGUUAAAUCUGAUUCUAUGAGUAAAAUACGUUCAAUAAAAAAUGAAGAUUCCGCGUUAAAUAGUAAACAAUAUGAAUAUGUAACAGACAAAGCUUUGGGAAAAUCUAUUCAGUGCUUGAGAAGUUUUAAUAAGAAUAAAAUCACAGAAGCUAUAGAGAGAAGAGAAAACGCAAUUAGUCAGAUACCAAAUGCAAAUAAUAAUCAAGAUUUUCUUGACUAUCGUGAAGUAUAUGCAACUGUUGUACAAAAGAAUGGAAAGAACGUUCAAGAAAAUGCCGUAGAAGCUGGAACUAUCAAAGAUAUUAGUGAGGCUGAUAUUAAAAGUUCUAACAUUAGUAAUUCGACAUCGCUGGAUAUUCUAGUAGGUCUUUUAAAUGAAAUAAAAAAGAUGACAACGUAUGGAUCUCACUUAUCUAAAGAAGAGCCCGUAUCCGACUUUCAUCAUGAAAGCAAAGAGUUAGAGAUGAUUCUUGACAAAGUAUCUCUAAAGCAGAGUUCUGUACAUCACAGUGUUGAUAAUGAGAUGUCUCUGCCUUCUCUUGACAACUUGCAAAUUUUAAAAGCGCGUUCUAGUAAGCUUCUGCACUUACCACCUACCAAUAAAGUCUCCAAAGAUAUAACGAUUGUUGAAAAAAAAGUAACUGCAAAUACCAGCAUGUCUUAUGUACCAUUGAGUGUGGAUAGAGAAGUUAAUGCAAUGAUUUUGCCAACUAGUUAUAUGCACAGGUUUACUGAUGCACCAUCUCUAUUUAACAAGCUAAACGUGAGCACCAAUGUAACCGAUUCACUUCUAAAGCUCAUCAAUAGGCCUUCAAGGGGAUCAGUAUAUUCCUUUACCGAGUGUGAAAGUGUAAGCAAUUCAGUAUCGAAAGAAAUGUUGCAGGUCCCUUCAAAAAACUUGGGAAAAUGUAUUGAUUCUGCAGUAUCUCCUCCGGUUUUAGAAAUACAAUACCUCAACCCUAAAGAAAAAUUUGCUGAUAUAAGGACGCUGGCGAUUUAUCAAAAUAAUUAUUCUAAUGUUGAAUUUGAUUCUUUGCUGAAAAUGAAAAGAGAUAUUCUAGUAACUGUUUACUCCAUUCUUGUAUUGACCGUAUUUGCUGCUUUAUCAUUUCCCGAAAUAAUGUAUCGUGUAUAUUAGACAUACUUUGGAACUGGUACAACUUAAUAAUUGCGUAGUGCUGGCAUAUUGCAUUAGAUGAUUAUUGUUAAGUUUUUAAAUUGAUUGUAAGAUAAAUUAUGCUAUUUUUUGGACAUUUAUUUAUUUUGAAUAAAAUAAUCUAAAUUUUG